AUGGAUCCGUGGCUGGAUGUCUUGCAGAUGGCCGACAAGAUGCUCACUCAGCAUCGCCUGGCUGCAUUGAGAGAGUUCCUCCAUGCACACCGGAGUCGCUGCCCCGGUCCGGUGAUCGAGGGCGCGGUGUGCAUGGUUGGCUACAUCGUGUCAAUGUGCUCCGACACCAUCCAGCUGCAGCGGAAGCCUUUUGUCCCGUGGGAAGGCUUCGUGACAUCGGUUGACAGUGUGGAUAAGGUCAAGGUGACCAUCGCCAAGCUGGGACGAAGGCCGAUCAAGCUUCGAGUGGGUUCGGAAAUUAUCAUCCUUGGCAAGGUUGUGGAUCAUGGUGAUCAGCUGUCCUUUGAUGAGGAAGCAAUUCUUCUGCACAGGCCAUGCUUUGAUCGCGAACUCCCAUUCAAUGCAUUGCACCUCUUUGCCGGUGCCUUUUGUGGAUGGGCUCGUGCCCUUGGCUGGCUACAUGAUCAUGUUGAUGGAGUCACGUGUGGCUCCCAAGUGAGUGUUGAUGCCGACGCCAUGGUGCUGGAGACCUGGUCCAAGCAGCAUGGCUAUGAACACUACGUAGGGACUACAUCUCCGUUCUCAGGUUGGGACCCCACGGAACACAUUGGUAUUUGCACCCAGGUCAGUGACAAGACCUUGUUGCGACGCUGCCUUUGGCCGUCCAACGCCAUCUCCACAGUGUCCCCACCGUGCGUGUCCUGGUCCAGAGGAGGAAAACGAGAAGGAUUGAACUGCACGUCAGGUUUUGCUGCGUUCGAUGCUGUACAGACACUUGAAGCGCAACAACCGUUGCUGAUCUUCUUCGAGUGUGCAGAUGAGGUUGAUGAACGUGAAAUCACUUUCGCUUCCACCGCUGGUGACAUCCCAGGCCAUGGCAUGAUUUCCCAAGUCCUGCGACAGCAUUCGACCAUCGUUUGCAAAUGGCGUGAUCGCAUCUAUGCAGAGCUUUCCAUUGGAGGACGGCUCUUCCCUGAGGUCAUCCCGCCGGGUGAUGAUGUUGUCUCUGCGACCAUUCCCUUCACGGCAUGUGAAGAGGAGCCACCAGCCGACAUCGUGUGUGGAUCUAUGACCUUUGAGCAAGCCACCAGCCGACAUCGUGUGUGGAUCUAUGACCUUUGA